AUGUCGAGCUACCCCACUCCGGGAUCCUCGAGUAGUUUUACAGCAUCACCAGGCACUGUAAUUGAAGAAGAGCAGAAAUACGCAGUCGCAAGGAUCGGUAACGCCCAAGAGCGAAGAAGAGAACAGAACCGCAAAUCACAGCAAACAUACCGUACCAAGCAUAAGAAAGGCGCGGAAAAGAUAGAAUUUCUCAUUAAGGAGGAUAAAGAGGCCGAGGAGAGAAUUCUGUUGCAUCCAAAGUUCCCUCUUUGCCCUGAAUACGAACGGCACCUGGCACAAGGCUUUGUUUUUGACGAAGAAACCUACGGAAACGUUGAUUGGUCCGUCGAGCCAUCCUUUCCCAUAGCCAGCAUCAUCGGACGCCAAUUUAUGCCUUCUAUUCCGCCAGAGCUUGUUAUUCCAGCCGAAUCCUGGCUGGAAGCGACAGGACCUCUACGGGUUGGGGAUCACAACAGAGAUGUUGAUCGAUAA